AUGGCCAAAACAAAAAGGGAAAUGUGGACGUUGUUCCAUGCUACCGAUUUUCAAUCUUUGAUGUAUCCCAACUUUAUCAUAAGCAAAGUUUUCGGAAUAUUUCCAUACAAAAUUAAGGCUUCAUCUUUUGAAACUUCUAAACCGCGCUAUAUUAUAUGGAUUUUUAUUCUCUGCGUAAUUUGUGUUUAUGAGUUGACAAUGUUUUAUGAACUUAAUCUUUCUGGAAAAAUCAAGAUUGAUGUACCCAGGAUGAUAUCGUUGAACUUGUCUUUUUUGUAUGGACUGUUUCUAGUGGUCACCUCUUAUAUCUUCAGCGAUCCGCGAAUGCGUUUACUUCAGACUAUAUCAGAUAUUUCUUUAAGAUUGCCACAGAAGUCUUAUCAAAAACUAUCCAAAUUAAUACAUGCUAAGGAUAUUUUCGGUUUUUUCUUUCAUUUCUGGCUGGCGUUAACAUUAUGUUUCUCAUAUAAUGAUAAAAAUGUUUUUGGUUUAUUCGAUAUCUUCAGAGUUUUCGUCAACUUGUUAGGAUUUCAAAUAGAUAUGCUAUACGUAAAUUGCGUUUGUGUCUUAAAAACCUGUUUCAAAGAAAUCAACAAUAAUCUAGAGAAUCUACGGGAGCUGAUGGUGAAUAAUCUUAGACAGAUCUAUCAUGAGCAAAGACAUCCAUUUUUGUUGAUAAAACUUAAGGCUCUAAAGAAACAGCAUCUGAUGAUAAGUGACACAGUGCAGAUGCUUAAUAUGAUUUUCAGUCUGCAUCUUCUUGCUACUAUAGCUUUAUCUUUCAAGCAGAUAAUAUUCUACGUGUAUUCCAAUGUAAUACAAUGGCAAAAUGGCAAAAUAUCGUUGAAUCAAGACGAAAUUGAUAAUGCUUAUUUUAUAUCACUCUUAAUAUAUUUCUUUACAAGAUUAACAUUGAUAGUGUGGGCUUGUGAAACUGGCAAAAAUGAAGCGAUAAAAAUUGGCACUAUCAUUCAUGAUGUACUUAACGGUAUCAACGAUGUGCAAAUCAAAGAUGAGUUAAAUUUGUUCUCCUUGCAAAUAUUGCAUUGCGAUAAUACAUUCUCUGCCAAAGGUCUAACUGUAGAUGCAACGUUGUUCACUGCGAUUGUGAAUAGUACUUCCACGUAUCUAUUAAUCUUAAUACAAUUUUUGUUCAUGAUGCAUUCCUGCGACAGUAAGACAAAUUUAAAUUUGUUCUCUUUGCAAAUAUUGCAUUGCGAUAAUACAUUCUCCGCGAAAGGUCUAACUAUAGAUGCAACGUUGAUCACUGUGGUGAGUGAUUAA